AUGAGGGAAAAUAAGAACAUGUCCGAGUCCCCCUCUCAAGCGGGAAAAGAAAUACCGGCGAAAAAACAAAAACUAAGCAGUGACGAGAACAGUAACCCCGAUUUAUCAGGAGACGAGAAUGACGAUGCCGUCAGCGUCGAGAGUGGGACCAACGCAGAGCGCCCAGACACACCCACCAACACUGCCAACGCCCCGGGCAGGAAAAGCUGGGGCAAGGGCAAGUGGAAGUCCAAGAAGUGCAGAUACUCUUUCAAAUGUGUCAACAGCCUGAGGGAGGACCACGGCCAGCCGCUGUUUGGAGUCCAGUUUAACUGGCACAGCAAGGAGGGAGACCCGCUGGUGUUCGCCACAGUCGGGAGUAACAGGGUAACUCUUUAUGAAUGUCACUCUCAGGGAGAAAUAAGACUCUUGCAGUCUUACGUCGAUGCAGAUGCAGACGAGAACUUCUACACGUGCGCCUGGACCUACGACACCAACACCAGUCACCCGCUGCUAGCUGUAGCCGGGUCCCGAGGCAUCAUUAGAGUGAUCAAUCACAUCACAAUGCAGUGCAUCAAGCAUUACGUGGGUCAUGGAAACGCCAUCAACGAGUUGAAGUUUCACCCGAGGGAUCCAAAUCUGCUCCUGUCUGUCAGCAAAGAUCACGCCCUUCGUCUAUGGAACAUACAGACAGACACACUAGUGGCGAUAUUUGGAGGUGUUGAGGGUCAUCGAGAUGAAGUCCUGAGUGCUGAUUUUGAUCUCUUGGGUGAAAAAAUAAUGUCAUGUGGGAUGGAUCACUCCCUCAAACUUUGGCGGAUUAAUUCAGAGAGGAUGCAGAAAGCCAUUCGAGGAUCUUACGAGUACAACCCCUCCAAGACCAACAGGCCUUUCGUCUCACAGAAAAUUCACUUCCCUGACUUCUCCACACGAGACAUCCAUAGAAACUAUGUGGACUGUGUGCGGUGGCUCGGGGAUCUUAUUCUCUCCAAGUCCUGUGAAAAUGCCAUCGUGUGCUGGAAACCGGGAAAGAUGGAGGACGACAUCGAUCACAUUAAGCCCAACGAGUCGAACGUGACGAUUCUCGGACGCUUUGAUUACAGCCAGUGUGACAUUUGGUACAUGCGCUUCUCCAUGGACUUCUGGCAGAAGAUGCUGGCUCUGGGAAACCAGGUGGGGAAGCUUUACGUUUGGGACCUUGAAGUGGAAGACCCGCACAAAGCAAAGUGCACCACGCUGACCCUCCCAAAAUGCACGUCGGCCAUCCGGCAAACCAGCUUCAGCCGCGACAGCAGCAUUUUGAUAGCGGUGUGCGACGACGCUUCGAUCUGGCGCUGGGAUCGACAGCGCUGAAGAGUUACUGAUGAAAGAAUCCGGUCUUUUCCUCCCGCAUCGCUCACACCCCUCACCCCUCAAACGUGUUACCCUGUCGUACAGAUCUACACUGCAAAAAAUGUCCGUUUGAACAUUUAGUCUCAUGUGUGGUCUUAAAAAUACUCCCUUAAAAUAAAACAAAAGUGAGAAAGUUUGCCACGGCGAGAUGAGAUGACUCCAUUUGUUUCUCCAGCCGAGGAGAUUUUCAUUUCCUGUUCGUCUGCCAGCAGGAGUUUUGAGAUAAUAAUAAUAAAGAAGCAGAUUUAUAAGAAGUUUUUAAUCUAAUAAAGCAUCAUUGGUUAUGUGGAAUUUAUGUUAUUAGAUGUAACAUUUUUCAGCCACAGCCAUGAAAAUAAAGUUAUACUUUGUCCUAAAUCAUAAGUGAAUGUUUUACCUGUGAUAGAUGGGAAUAAUAUCAGUAUGUAGGUGAAAUGUUAAGCCCUCAGAGUGCCUUCUAGCUUCCUAUGCAGUGUCAUCAUCUGGAAAACUAUAAGAUUAAUCAAUCGCCUGAUUUCUCUGACAUCAGGGAAAUCAUUUAGAGGACGAGUGGAAGCAUCGGUCAUCUCAUCACAACCUUUUAAGAAAAACACAGAAGAUAGAAAUGACCAAAGAUGGAUUUUUUUUUUUUGCAGUGUGACACCUUUUAUAUUCUUUUCCUGUUUUCUUCUUCCUUAUGUUUCCUACAUUGCUCUGCAUCUUUUUUUGUUUUAAUGCCUCCUUCCCUACUUUUACACACACACACACACACACACACACACACACACACACACACACUUUGACUGUUGGUGCAUCAUUCAGUGUGACAUUGGAGGCUUUAUUGAGUGCAGUCAAUAAAAUGUUCUUUUUUUGUAAA